AUGGCAGAACUUUCGACAUGCCUUCCAUUGACCAGAGAGUCCACCCUCAAGGCCCAUGAGCUGAUCAAACCUCUUAUCCACCGCACUCCGGUGCUCACCAGCAGGGCAUUGAACGAAAUGGUAUCAACUCCCCAGGCUCAAGGGAAGGGAGAUAGCCAGCCUGCAAAGCCGGUCAUACGCCUAUGGUUCAAGUGUGAGAACUUGCAGCGCAUAGGAGCUUUCAAAGCCCGCGGUGCAUUCCACGCCAUCGAGAGGCUGAAGCAAGAUCCUAGCUUCACCGAGAGUGGCGUUAUGGAAAAAGGGGUCGUCGGAUUUAGUGCAGGUAAUCAUGCCCAGGCACUCGCUCUCGCUGCUAAGGAAAGUGGUAUCCCAGCAUACAUCGUCAUGCCUGACACGACGCGGCCGAACAAGAUCGCAGCUACGAAGGGGUAUGGGGCCAACGUGAUUGUCUGUUCACGUUUCGAGCGAGAGACUACCGCCGCCAGGAUUGUUGCCGAGAAAGGCGCACGUCUUGUACCACCCUUCAAUCAUCCAGAUGUCAUCCUUGGACAGGCCACUGCCGGUCUGGAACUCCAAGAGCAAGCCGACAAUCUCGAUGCUAUCAUCGCGCCCUGUAGCGGUGGAGGGUUAUUAGCAGGUACUGCGCUCAGCUGUGAAGGGACGUCUAUUCGGGUCUUUGGUGUUGAGCCCGAGUUCGAAGGUGCUGACGACUGUCGACGCGGGUUCCUUACGGGCGAGAGGGUCACGAGUGUCAACACCAACACCAUCGCAGAUGGACUGAUCGGCGUUGUUGGCGAGAUCCCCUGGAGCGUCAUCUAUGAGCGAAAGCUCGUUGAUGGCAUGUUUGCCGUGUCUGAAGAACAGAUUCUCGAGGCAACAAGGCUGAUAUUGGAGAGGCUCAAGAUGGUCGUAGAGCCUGCUGCUGCAGUAACACUGGCGGUGGCUUUAUAUAAUGAAGAGUUUAGGCAGAUGGUAGAGAAGGAAGCAGGCGAGAAGGGUUGGGACUUGGGACUAAUUUUGAGCGGUGGAAAUGUUAGCGCUGAUGGACUGGCAAAGCUGUUCGGAUAG